GGCAGGCGCGGAGGCCGCCUCGAGCCCCCGGAGAGGCCCCGCAGGGCCCCGAGACGUCGCCGACGGCCCCACGGCCCCGAGCGCAGGCGGUGCCCGGAGGCAGCAUGUCGCAGCCCAGCGCGCCCCCUCCGUACGACGACAAGAACCCCCUGUACCCGCCGCCCCCGGGGGCCUACCCCCAGCCCCCCCCCUAUGGUAUGGGGUACCCCCAGCCGGGGGCGUACCCCGCGGCGGGGGGCUAUGCCCACCCGGGGGUGCCCAAGCCCACCGUGCCCAUGCGCUUUGGUGACGGCUACGGCUACGGCGACGGCGAUGGCGGCGGCGUGGGGGACGGCUCCCCUUUCCAGGCGGGCGGCUGGGACGACAGGAAGGUCCGGCACACCUUCAUCCGCAAGGUCUACGCCAUCAUCUCCCUGCAGCUCCUGGUGACGGUGGGGAUCAUCGCCGUGUUCACCUUCGUCUCCCCCGUCCGCUCCUUCGUCCAGAGGAACGUCGCUAUCUACUACGCCUCGUAUGCCGUGUUCCUGGUAACCUACCUGGUGCUGGCCUGCUGCCAGGGCCCCCGGAGACGCUUCCCCUGGAACAUCAUCCUGCUGAGCAUCUUCACACUGGCCAUGGGGUUCAUGACGGGGACGAUCGCCAGCACGUACAGGACCAACGCUGUCCUCAUCGCUAUGCUCAUCACUGCCAUCGUGGCCAUCAUUGUCACCGUCUUCUGCUUCCAGACCAAGGUUGAUUUUACGUCGUGUCCCGGGCUCUUCUGCGUGCUGGGCAUCGUGGUCAUGGUCACGGGGAUCGUCACGGCCAUCGUCCUCUCCUUCAAAUAUGUCCCCUGGCUCCACAUGCUGUACGCGGCCAUCGGGGCCAUCGCCUUCACCCUGUUCCUAGCCUACGACACCCAGCUGGUGCUGGGGAACAGGAAGAACUCGCUGAGCCCAGAGGAGUACGUCUUCGGCGCCCUGACCAUCUACACCGACAUUGUGUAUAUCUUCACCUUCAUAUUGCAGAUCGUGGGCCGGGACUAGCCCCAGCCUGCACCGGGCCCUCUCUCCUCCUCACCAACCUCUGCUUUCCUUCCUCUCCUCCACAAAGCUGCUGCUCUCCCAUCUCGUUCUUGCCCCAGGAGCCCGGCAGGGCAGCACGUGGUUGAGCUGGGCCAGCGUCACUGGGCUCCCACCAGCCCCAGCCAGUACCCACCAGCCGUUCUGGUCCUGGUGGUGUCUGUGGCCCCUCUGCCAGGCCCUGCAGCCCUCCUGCUGCUGCAGACCAGCUCUGUGCCCCGCAAGUGACUGUCCCCAGGCCCCUCUGUCGCUUAGACCAGGGCUGGUGUCCAGGACAAGGGGCCGUGCUCAGUGUCAGAGCCCCUGCGAUCACAGUAAAGGCGGAAGGCACCGCUCUGGGCAGGCCUGCCACGACCUGAUCCAUGGGCUUGUUCUGCCUGUGCUUGGUGCGCAGUUGGAAGGCAAGGCAGAAGUCAGGGCCUGGCACGAGGGCAAGGACUCCCAGCGAAGGGGGUGCUUCCUAAGCUUGUAAGUACGCAGCAAAACCGGGGGCUGUGUGCGCACUAUACGGCCAGUUACCGGCUCUCAGCCUGGUCCCAGAUUAUUCCUAACGCUUCAGCACCCGUGCUUGUAGGCUGCUAAGGAAAGGGCUUCCCUUGAUCCCCGCCAGCUUCCAGAGCCUGGGUGCUGGCAGGGGAGCCAGCCGCCAGCAUUAAGGCGGCUCCAAGCCUCAGCGCCUGUUCCCCGAGGACGCGCCGGUGUGGCGGCAGUGCUGCUGGGCGCUGCUACGCGCUGAACAGCUUUGGCUCGCGCAAGGUCAGCUGUGCCGCCGUGACGUGCCCGCCUGGCGUGGCGCCUCCCCUGCCGCCGCCGGAGGGGCUGGAAGCAUCGGCAGGCAAGACCCAGCUGCUGUCUUGCCCCCGGCUCCCAGGGAAAAUGCUGGGCCCUGCCUUUUGGCAGAGAUGUGCAGGCCUGAUCCAGUUUCAUUCACUUAGUGCCUUAAGCGCAGCUGUUCUGUGGCUGCCCCAUGGCUUGCUCAGCCCCUUGGCACAGCCGUGCCACCCCGGCCCCAGGCUGUGGCAGUGCCUGCUCUGGCCAGGAGGCAGCCAGGACCUAUGAGGUUGGGGACAUCUGUACAGGGCUUGUGUUACAGAGGACUCACAGCCACGGGAACAGCUCGCCUGGCCCUCGGAUGUGGCCAAAGUCGCACUUGCUAAAUAAAACACUUUAAUUUUCCAAA